AAUCGAAUCCGACACCCUGUAUAGAAGUCUGUGGUAGUAAAUAACAUUUUUAUCGAAGCGACGAUCGUCGCUUACUGUUUUUCGCCACACUGACGUAUGUUUUGAACCACGGACUAAGACUGGAGUAAAAUAGCGGACGGAACAGAUGCGCCGCUCGGAAGGUUUCCAUACAUGGCAGUGGUGCACAAACUCCGGGGUGAUGGAGCAGUCCAGCAAUGCGGCGGUACAAUUAUAAACAAAAGAUGGGUUCUCACAGCCGCCCAUUGCGCAGUAACCUACCCCUACCCGCGAAGAUUUCUCGUAGUGUUCGGCAUCAUCAACAAGUCCGGCAUUAUUUACGACACUUUUAAAGGCCACGGUGUGUCAAUGAUUACGGAUGAAGCGUUCAUACACCCGGAAUACGAACUCGGUGCCAACGAUAUUGCCUUACUCUACAUGCCACAGGAUAUUCCCUUUUCCGGCACAAUUCAGCCCGUACAAUACUAUUAUAACCAGAGGGAUCCUUUUAUUGGUAAAAACGCUUUAGUGGUCGGUUGGGGAACAGAUGGUAUGACUAGCCAAGGUUCGACAAAACUCAAGUACACCACAUUGCCGAUUAUAAGCACCAAUGCGUGCCAGCAAUACUGGCAUAUCGACGAACGGCACGUUUCUACGGCCCCAGGACUGGGAGGAGGUGCUUGUCAGGGCGACCCUGGUGGACCUCUCAUUGUAGUAGAUGAAAAUGGCGUAGACCAUCAAGUCGGUAUCGUGACUUACGGAAAAGUGCUUUGCCCUAGCAACGCACCUGGAGUGUUCACCGAAGUUAGCAGAUAUAGCGACUGGAUUCGCCGUGUGAUUGAGAUUGUACAUAACCUGAGUAUUAUGCCUUUUUUCAUGAGGAAAAAGAUUGAUUGGGGUAACUUGGUUGGGAUAACCAAAAAAAUGGUCGCCUGAAACCAAGUGCCUUGGUUAUAUAUGCGCCAGCUGAUUUCUUGGUUACACGUACCAACGGCACUUAGUUCGACUGCAAUAGUUGGAGCAACCAAUAGUACUUGGUUAUGCUAUAAGCUAUGGUCGUUUGUUUUUAUUUUUUUUAAUUUCAAUUUGAUGUUAUGAGAACUAAUUGCCGUGGUUCCUUCUGGUUAACCAAUCGGAAUACAAUUUCUUGGUUACUUUAACCAAUUGCGUUGGUUAUAAACACCAACAGUCCCUAUCAAGUUUGAAUUGCCAGACUAACCAAGUGUACAUGAUUAUGGUAACCAAGUCAAUCGUUAUAGCAACCAAUAUACAGGAAAAACUUUGUGAAUUUAACCAAGCCUUUCUUUCCGUGUGCACUAUCACUGAAAACGGGUACAAAAAUAGUACUGAAUAAUCCAGUGUUAUACUUAUUACUGUGAAUCAGUGAAUAUUCCCUAUUUUCAGUGAUCCACUGAGAGUACAUAGUAUAAUAAUGUAUGAAUAUCUGAUUAAAUUGUAUAUUCAUUGAAGAAUAUGACCAUUUCUUCGAUCAAAUUUUAUCGGUAACUGCAUUUCAUCGAAUAUAUCCAAAAUUUAUUCGGGAAACUUGAUAAGAAAAUUAAAUUUUAUAAUAAUCGUUGGCAACACUAUUUAAUCGGUUUAUUUAAUGGAAAUUUUUCACAGAGCAAUGCGUAAUAUCGUGUGAACCAAAAUUUUAAUGAGCCAGUAAAAAGAAUUAGUAUUAAAAUGUAUUUAAUUAACAAAUAAAAAACUUUCAGGAGAUAAGUUACAAAUAUGUGGCACAAAUGUAAAAAAUAAUAAAUCAGUGGAAAAAAAGAUAAAAAAUUUUUUUCAUAUAACAGCGUCCGCUGU